AUUUAAAACAUUUGUGCAUCUUUAUAGAGCUUAAAUAGAGUAAUCUUUCAUAAUAUGUAAUUGAAAAAGAAAGAUUUACAAUUUAAACUAGUUCAAUGGUUAUUAUUCCCUGUAGUUAAGUUUGUGCUGUGAAAUGGAACUUUAUUUCUUGAUUUUGCUUUUAUGUUUUGUGACCGGCAAUAAUGAUAAACAAAAAGAAACUGAAGACGAAAUAAAGAGGAGGAGGAUAAUAGAGCAAUUGACCAAGACGCGAACUGUGAUUUUGGACGACUACCAGUUCGUUACAAGACAAAUCGCUACAGAUGUUUUUAUGUACCGCAGUUAUCGAACUGUUUCAGUGAUUUUCUUUCGAAUUAUGAGUGAUGUUUCUGUGGCGCGGUUUACGUUACAAUCUGAAGAGCUUCACUUAAAUAAUAUUGGGUCAUGCAGUCCACAGGAAGUAGUAAUCAACUUGAAACCUGGCUCAUAUCCUGCCGUUAAUCCAGAUGGCUAUGAUUUCCCGAAAAAUUUCAUAGAUCCAGAUGCAAGGGAAGAAAUGCAUACUAUAGAACUGUUGUCGGACGGCAAGAAUGCAAGCUAUAUAAUAAAUAAUCCAAAACCUGAUAUUUGGUAUGCUUUAGUGUAUAUAAAAUGGCAGGAUCCGAGUACUCAGAAAGUUGAGCAGGAAGGUCUCGUUGCCGAUUGUCAUACAAUACUAUACACAGAUCUACAAGUCAAGAAGGAAGAGAAUAUCAAAAUCAUUAACUGUUAUAAUCCCUUGACCAUAGACUACGAUCACAUACCAGCGCUAUAUAAAUGUAUGGCCACAGACGAUGCAGAUCCAAUAAGUUUAAAUAUAACGAUCACAAAUACUCACGUUAAUAACUCACAGAUAACAUUCCAAGUGCAGCCAUUGUCUCUACCUUCUAACGAUAAUUUUAUUUUAUACUGUGUUUUCGAUCCAAGACUGAACAACAUACAAACUAUCACAUACGAUUCUUCGCCCAGCUCCUGGCAUUAUAUUAAAGUCGAUUAUGCGAGCGGUAACACGUCGAGCAUAGCGAAUUGUGAAUCAUACUAUUCAAGAGAUUUUGAAGAACCAGUCAAUCAAACAAUUGUGGACCUUAUGCGCGACGAUAAAGGGAGGUUUUUCACAUACGACUUUGGAUUGCCAACCACAGAUCUCCAAGAUGCAACUAGUUUAGUAAAUAUCACAUCGCAAGAAAUAAAAUCAUUGAGAUUCAAAGUGAACGACUUUAUCGAUAUUGGAGGUAAUUUAGUAAUCGAAGCUAGUCUUUUGAUGAGUUUAAAGUAUUACGUAGGUUAUAAAAGAGAACGUGUGAAGGACACUCUUCUCGCAUUUACGGAAGAGAAUCAGUUUUUCAAGACAGUAAUUUGUAUGGAUAUCGGUCACCCGAGCGUGCCAUUGGAGUCUGGAGAGUGCAAAUUCAACGAUAAAGUGAAGCCUGCGUUAUUUGUGCUGAAUAGUACAGAUUCAGACUCGAUAUACGAGAAAGUUCUGAUCCCAUAUCCGGACAGUGGGACGUGGUACUUGACGUUCCGUUUGUUCUGCGACAAGGUGGUUUGUCCUUGUAGGACUUCGGAUAACGGGACGAAGUAUUAUGUGCCUACGUCUGAGAGUGUAGAAGUGGAGACUAGUACAUUCUCGAAUGUGACGAGGGAGGGGGAGUCGGACUGUAAUGCUACAGUGGUGCUCUCAAUAUCUUCGACUUCAUGUUUAAAUAACCGCUGCAGUAACCAUGGAACAUGCGGCUUGAACACGUAUGGUGGUCUCGUGAUGUCCUUCUGUUCGUGCUCGGCGGGUUAUGGAAGUUGGGACUGCUCAGAUGCGUCAAGAAUGGACAGCAGGGCGUACAUGCUCGUAUCUGUCCUAUUACUGACCCUUAGCAACUUACUCUUUAUUUUCUCUAUUUACGUUGCAAGCAUUCGAUAUUAUUACACUGAGGCAAUGAUGUACGCCUUUACCAUGUUCUUUUCGAGUUUCUACCACGCGUGCGACGCUCCAGCCCAAGUUGCUUAUUGCAUUACGAGGGGUAAUAUUCUGCAAUUUGGCGACUUCUAUUGUGGCCUGAUGUCCUUCUGGGUUACGCUCCUCGCAAUGAGCAUAAUUAGCGACAAAUUGAGAUCGUCUUUACAAUUGAUAGGAGCUAUCAUCGUAGCUUUAUUGACCACCUGGAACAUGCAUUCGUUUGUCUCUUUCUUACUCCCCGUUGCGGUGGGCGUGUUUGUAUUAUUCCUUUCGUGGUAUAUAGACUAUAAAAAAAUCAAGUGUAUGAGGUAUCCCAGGUCGUAUUACACCAAAUAUCUACCGUGUGGUGUUGUUUUAGUGACUAUAGGUCUGAUUUGUUACGCGUUUCUACAGACUGAACAAAAUUAUAAAAUAGUGCAUUCUCUAUGGCACGCGAUUAUAGCUGUCAGUGUCGUAUUCUUGUUGCCAGACGCGAAAAGAACUGAUAUCAAUCCUUUUGUACCGAUUCCCGGUUUUUGUUGGACGCCUUUUAAUAAUUUAUUUAAGAGAAGGCAGGAUCAAUAGCGUUUAGCGUGUAGUUUUAUACAUAAAUGACAUUAAGUAAAAUUAUUAUUAAAAAUAUUAUGUAUUGUUGUAGCGUAGCGUAAGUAGUAAGUGAUUUUAAGCGUAGCUGAAAGAUUUUAUACACUGGUAAUUUAGAACAGAAACUUCAUAUUUUCAUUUUUUUAUUGAUUGCAAAAACGGUUAAAUAUAAAUAGAGCGGUAUGAUUAGUUGUGGUGAAUGAAAAAUAGAGAAAAGCACGUUUUUUGUCGGUCUUCUACUAUAUAUUUAAAGAAGCUUUUGUUCUAUUUUUGCUAAACCUAGUCAAGAAAUGCAUUAUUUUUUUAUAACGAGUAAAUUCAAAAUUUCACUUGCACCUUUAGUAAUUCAUAAAUCAUCAGAUAUUUAAAGUAUGUACAAUAUCCAAAUGUACAAUUUAUUUAUAAGUUACUAGCAAACCGGGCGAACUCCGUUUCGCCACCAUUGAAGGCACAACCGUGGAGAUCGGUUGGUGCGUUCUGGAGUUAUAGCGUCAGAAAGGAAAACCCGACUUAUUUUUAUAUAGUAGACUAUAGGUUACAGUUCAAAUUUAUAAGAACAUUCAGAAGGGAAUAUAUUGCAAUAUUUAUUUAUUUAGCGUAGUGGAUAUAAUCCUUGCUUUUACAUGCAUUAUGCUAAGAAAUAUUUAAUUUAUUUGUGCUUUAUUAUACUGACAAAUAUACAAAAUACUUUCAUAUAUAGUACAGAUCUCUUAGGUCUGUUUAGGAUAUUUGGAGGUUCCAUAUUUGCAUUUAAAAAUGAACCUUGUUAACAUAAUUUAACAGAACUAACUUAUUCAGUUAUAUGAUUUGAAUUAUAGACCUAUUUAAAAAAGCUUGUCAGUAUCGACAGGUUUAGAAUUAUUUCCUGAUUGUGUUAUUUUUAACUAAACCAGUUAUUGCAUUUUAACCUUGACAUUAUUUAAAUCGUGCUUGUUUUGGUGUAGGUGCAUCAAUGUUACCUAUAACCUGUUGCUUCAAGGUCAACUCUAGGUUCAAAAUAUACGUUUCAAACUGACUUCAAAACUCUAUGAACUUGAUAUAUAAAAAGGCAUUAUGUAUUUUUUGAUUGAUGAGUUCUAGGAAUUGAGGAGUUACCUUUGGCAUUCCGACAUUUUUGUAGGAUUAGGGUUAUGAUAUUGUGUUAAUUUUGUAUUAUCUGUGUAUAAACACAGAAUACAUAAUAGUAGUACUAUUAUGUAUUUCUGCUACUAUUUUUACUAGCGUUUAGCUAC